UCAAGUUGUUUCCCAAUCCCAAAUUUACUUUUAAAAUACGAAGCAAUUGUUGGAUACUUGUUACACAGCUGUAAAUUUGCUUCAGAACCUGAAUGGACUCAGACUCAGAUCUAAUAUUAGAGAAAAAUGGUCUCUUUCGACAAACGUCUCUUUUGAUGACAGGACCAAUGGACUAUUGGAUUCGCCAAUUUUUCGGCAUGACACAAAUUGUUGAGAGAGACGAUCUUUACAAUCAAUUGCACAAAAUUUACCAGCGAGCCAUCAUUCCUUACUGUACUGGUGAACGAACUAACGAAAGUUCGGGUAAAAUUUUGUUGAAAAUUUCCAAUGACAUUCAAGAAGAUAAUUGUUGCGGACUUGAGAUACAAAGAACCAGUGGACUAUUCUCUAGUCAUCACAACCCAAUGGGUCAAAUGGUAAUGGCAUUAUUGGAACAAGAACUCUCUAACAGUUUGAUUAGAGAAAAUGACAACUCAAUUGACCUUUUCACUAACCGAUGUUUUAAAGUUCGUAUCACUGAUGCUAGGAAUGGAGAGAUUUCAGUUCUUCAGCAGCAAAGAUGAUUGGGGAAAAAUCAUUUCAUCAUGCUUGUGAUUAAUGCUUCUAAUUUUACUGGUGAUUUCAAUUUUGGUGACUCAUUCGUGAUUUUAUCUUUAUUGUUGAACACAAAUUUUGAAUCAUUGAAACGAGAUUAUGAUGCAACUAUUCAUCUACUUCAUAAUUGAACCUGAUUAAUUUGACACUCUGCACCCUAUCGAUUCUGAUUGUUGGUGACAUUUGACAUGUAUUUUGGUGCUGUGAAUCGACCUGUGUGUUGGUGGAAUCGAUUUUAAUCGCAAGAGUUUGAGUAACUUUCUUAACGACUCAUGACAACAUUUUUGAUUUACUUGUUUUUAAAAUAACUUACAAUGAAUAUAUUGAAAUAUUUUACUGAAUGUCAUCCAUUUUUAUACUUAUUGGACAAAAAAUAUCUAAUUUUCCAUUUUCUUUAUUCACUAUUCAUGUAUCACAAAUAUGUGUCUCAUUUUAUUUUUUUCAUUCCCUGUUACUAUUAUGUGUGUGUUAUCAUGUUACUGUUAUCUUGACGAAAAUUUCAAACAAAUCUUAACAAGCGUAUCAUUCCACAUGUCAAACAAAUCAGUAACUGAGCAAAUAGUUCCAACAUAAAUCAAGAAAUAGACUGAAAAUACAAAAUAAGUGUAGUGUUGAUAAAAUUGACAAUUUAUUGCAAUGGGAUUGUAAAUCAUUUAUGCCAGUGUUUGAUGCACAGAUUAAUUUAAGAAGCCAGAG